CACAGCUAUCCAGCAUUAGCACAGGCUGCUGAGGGAGAUAGCUAGCACUGGAUUACAACAAAGAGACGAAGAAAUGGAGUAAACAAGAACUCUAAUAACGUUACGCUGUUUGAAUACAGUCUGCCAGCCUGACAACGUCGAAGGAUAGUAUAAUUGUUUGGUUGAUAUAACGUUAUAUUCUAAACACUUAGCUACAGUCUGGCUGUAACUGAUGGGAAUACCGUGUCGAUGCACUUGUAGCCAGCGUUGCUGCGUUUGAGUAAUUAGCUAUUAUCUGGAUUGACUGGAUUCAAUAACACUUAUAUUAUGUUAAAUUAAUAGUAGCUUCAACAUUCUUGGCAACGGGUCAGAUAAACAGCUGAACAAGCCGGCGCUGGCUGGGUUGUGGGCUAGCAAUACUAGCAUUACUCACCGAGACUGUAUAACUUAGCUCCGCUAGCUAGCGUGUUAGCCGCGGCGGGGCGGGUGUGUGGAUUACAUACCUACGUUAGCUAAUAGGUUACAAAAGUUGAACUAUCGGCGCCUGACUGGUGCUGGAAAGUGGACAUUAGUUUUAUGUGGAAACUACUCGGGCAAGGUAAAAUUCCUUUUGAAAAAAACUUUGUCAACACGGCAGUUCUUGUAGCCUGUAUUUCCAAGCCGCCCCUGGAGAUGCAGCAGCCCGACUCCACAGGAGACUCGGCGAGCGCUCGGAGAAUGGCGCCGCCGGUCAGUGUUCAGAGGCGUGGGGCCAGUAACGCUGCUGGUGGGGCUCCCUCCUCAUUGGCAUCACAGGGAAGUACUAGCCUUAGCAGCAGUCUGAUGCCAGCAGAUGAUUACAAGCCUUCGACAUUAAUUCUGCCGCCGGCCCCUGCCGCGUCGUCACUGGGAAGUCAACACCCACCCCAAAGCCUGAGCAUCCAUUCCCAGUCAACACUGUUGGCUCCCAUUCUGACUCCAGCAGGGGCACAGAUAAAAAAGAAAAGUGGCUUUCAGAUCACCAGCGUUACUCCAGCACAAAUCUCUGUCAGCACCAACAACAGCAUUACAGAGGACACUGAGAGCUGUGAUGACUUGGAUGAAUCCCACACAGAGGAUUUGAGCUCUUCUGAGAUCCUGGAUGUUUCCUUGUCACGGGCAAAUGACACAGGGGCUGCUGAGAGAAGCUCAUCUGAGGAAACCUUGAGCAACUUCCACGAGGCAGAAACCCCCGGCGCCGUGUCCCCGAAUCAGCCGCAUGUCCUCCCUCAACCUCACGGGACUAUGGUCAACGGUGCUGUUCAGCAUCAGCACCGGACCCACCACACCCUUCAUCACCAUCAGUUUCACGCCACCCCCUCUGGAAAUACUCAUGCCGCUUCCUCGGGCUCAACUGGGACGCAAGCUGGGAUUCUGCUGGGCAGUGUGGUGACAUCCACCACAACACCGAGCACUGGGACUUUACCAGCCAAAGGCCAGAAAAUGUCUUUAAAUGUUGGAGGGAUUCUGGAAAAUGUCUCUGUUGGCACUCCCAAUGUCAUUGGUCAGACUUCAGUUACUGUUGCCCUGGGAACGUCUGCGGGAAUGGUCUCGGCAGCGCCAGGUGCUGCAGUUAGUGUUAUUAAGCCUUUAACUAGCAAUGUUAGUAAUGUUAAUAUAUUAAACUCCAAUGUGCCUGGUUUAGGUGGCAUAAGUGCAAAUGGUAGCAGUGUAGUCUUUUCCUCUGGCUUGAAUAAUACUCAUAACCAAAAUAUAAACCUAAUACAGCAACAAAGUGGUGUAGUAAGUAGUGUCGUGAGCAUGACGACUAGCACCACAACAUCUGCUGUUAUUGGCUCAACAAGUGGCAGUCAUGUAGGGUUGGUGGACAUGGCACAGCCUACAAGUGUUGCCUCUGUCUCCAGUGCACAGCCUCAGCAGGCCCAAGUGCCCCCUCCUACCACCGGCUCGCGCUUUAGAGUGGUUAAGUUGGACUCUAGUUCAGAGCCCUUUAGGAAAGGCAGAUGGACAUGCACGGAGUAUUAUGACAAGGAGGCUCCAGGUCCUGGAGUGCCUGAGAAUGUGCCAAGCACCCGAUCAGUGGAAAGCAUUCGCCAGUUUGUACCUGACACCAUUUCAUGUUCAGAGAGUGCUAGUGGGGGCUCGGUCAGCACUCUGAGCCACUACUCUGAGAGUGUGGGCAGUUUGGAUAUUGGAGGCUCUACAGCUGUGCAGCAGAUCUUUCCACAGCCACCCACUCAGAUGGCAGACUACUCCACUCCUGCUAGCAUUGCUAAGCCUCAUAUGCAACGCCAGGACAUUGUACACCAACACCUGAAGGCCAGUGCCACCCCACUGCCAGCCAGCACUCAGCAGCAGGUGCCAGUCAGCAUGGUAGGACUGCAGACAACCACCGGGCAUCCAUCACCCCCACAGCAGCUCACAUAUGCCCAGGCAGCACAGCUGACUUCAGCUCAGGGUCUGCCAGGAGUCUCCCAGCAGCAGAUGGCUUACCCGCAUGCACAGCAACCAGCUGCAGCAGCCCAGGUAGCAUCAGUGCAUGUCAAUCCAUUAAGCCAAGGUGGCAGUCUGCCACCUGAAUUUACCCAAUCUCAGCAGAUCAUCCAGGCUACACCUCCUGGAUCAGCACAAACACUGCCAUGUUCUGUACCCCCUGUGGCUGUAGCAGGAAACACUCAGAUGAUGCAGGCUCCCCAGCCACCUGCUGUAGCUCAUUCACUUCCACACAGUCUUCUUCAACCACAGCAGACACCCUCGCCCCAGAUGGUCCAGGCCCCUGCUAGUGGGGUGAUGCCACAGUUGGUACAGUCUGCAGGGUCUGGGGUUAUCAAGAAGCCCCAAGGCCAACCGCUCUCUUCUCAGCUCUCUAUUGAACAGCAGGCGCCACUUAACAGUCAGGGCCUAACAACCCAGUUUGUCCCUGCAGUUACAACGAGCCUGACCACAUCAAAUGUGCCUCCCAGUCACCAGAGUGAUCCUCAGUCCAGCUUGGUUCAUGAUGGUGGUAAGGAUGCUGGGUCCCAUCCUCCUGUCAGUGCCCUGUAUGCUACUCUGCCCUCGCUGAUGGCCACGCAGCUAGAGGAUGCCCAGCGCCUUCUCUUUCAGCAUCAGUCUCUGCUGGCGUUUCCGAAGCUAGCGGCUGGUGAAUGUGCCUCCCAAGCUGGCACCUCCUCAGGUCCUGAGGAGAGUGGUGGAGUCAGUGCCUUAACGGCCUCGGCCAGUCUGCUGAAGAACCUGCCUGUCGAUGGAGAGGAAGAUAGUUCCUCGGGCGCCAGUGUUGUGGCCAUAGACAACAAAAUCGAGCAAGCAAUGGAUCUAGUGAAGAGUCACUUGAUGUAUGCUGUUCGUGAGGAAGUGGAAGUGCUGAAGGAACAGAUCAAAGAACUAAUAGAAAGAAACUCCCAGCUUGAGCAAGAAAACAACCUGCUGAAGAAUUUGGCCAGUCCAGAACAGCUGGCACAGUUUCAGGCACAAGUUCAAAGUGGCUCUUCACCAUUGUCUGCACAGGGAGUGCAGCCGUCCGCCGUGCCAGCUCAGCUUUCUGCACAGAACUCUGGACCCUCGGCAUAGAGCGCCAAUGUUCCCUGUGAAGGGGAAUAGGUGGUUAACUAAACUAAAAUGGACAAGUUUGCCUCACUCAUAGGAGGAUUCUAUCAAAAUUUGCACAUAUUUAAAAGUCUCAACAUGACCAAGCCUAUAUUGAGGGCUCUGUACAUCCCUCUGACAGUCCAGUAAGUUGUUGAUGCAUGAUGGAUAUUGCCAAACACCAUGGAAUGUGACUGUCAGAUGGGUGAAAAAAAUCAAGGUGGACACAACUCAAAAGAUUCACUGUGCCUAUGGCUGAAGGAUUUUAAGCAAUGUCCUUUUUCAAUGGUAACUUUGGCUUUGUAAGGGUGUUUCCAUGCCUCACUUUUGUAGUGGAAAUGCUGACCACAGUCCUUUUUUUAGGCUGCAAAAAGUAAGCACUUUAAUGAUGCCGAAUGUGUUGAGUCUUUGAUCAAUUAAUCGGUGCGCCAUCAGGUGUGGGUAGGCUGAAUAGGAUGGUGGUCUCAGUACUUGCAUUGGUGUCAUUACACCUGAGUGAUGAAAGAGAAAAGUUGCCCCAGAGGAGGUAUUAACUUUCAGUAUUUAAAACUGAAUUCCUCAUUCUUUCUGUUGCAACUUUCAGUAACAUUCGUAACGCAAGAUCCUGAGGAGAAGGUGUUGAGCAGGUUGAGUGAAUGUGGGAAUCCUUUUGUAUAUUUACUGUAAGUAAGUUGUAUAUUUAGUGUAAGUAAUCUGUAAAAUAGUCAUAUUGCGAGAAACACUAUGAGACACUAUUUAGGUUUUACAAACUAAAGAAGUUGUUGGCUUUCCCAAGACAUUUCACCAUCUUUUUUAUGCUGUUUUACCAGAAUGGAGGCAUCAGUCUUAGGAUAUUUACAUGACAAAAUACUGAACUUCUCAGCUGUGUUAAUACCUACUGUAAACCACUGUUCACUUGGUUAUUUGCACCUAUGUGAUUUCUGUUUCCAUUUUUGUCAGUGAACUACUGUGGAGGUCAGAUCUUUAACUUUAGUUAUUCUGAGUAUCAUGGGGAACUGAUGUGCGUUAUUAUUAUUGCAUUAUAUGUACAAGUUGUAUGCUUAUGUUCUGUGCAUGUCCCUCAGAACCGGAGGUAUUGUGUAAUUUAGAUCAACUGCACUUCACAACUUUCAAUAAAAUGUUUAAGGAAUCGUAAGACCAUCAGGCAUAUGCUGGUUUAUUGUAAUGCCUAAAUUUUGUGUGUGAAAAUAUGACCAAGAAAUGCAGGCCUGUUAAUAAUCUGAGUUUGUGGGUUAGCUAUCUUGUUCUUCUUGAGGUAAAACUAGUUAAGGAUUUGUUUGAGGAUUGUCAAGACUGCCUCAAAUAAAAAUCAAUUACAGUCUCCACUAAAUCCA